AUGCCGUUCGUGACCGCGAAAGAUGGGUGCAAGAUCCACUACAUGACGUUCGACUACGAACACCGGUGGAGCGAGCUGCGGCCCGACUACUCGGACGACGAGGACGACGAGGCGCCCGAGGAGACGGACGGCCUGCUGAGCUCUGGAGACGUGCAGGUGGGAAGGAGCCAGCGCGGGAAGGACGGCGCACGGACCAGGGAACGCAGCCCCGCGGUGGACAGCGACGCCGAGACGUCCGCCCCCGUCACGGACCGCAACGACCACGCAGUCGAGGCGCGCGUGGUGUUCAUCGCAGGGCUCGCUGCGUCGUGGCGGAUGUGGUGGGAGCCGCAGAUGCGCAUGCUCUUCGACGAGAGACUCCGGCUGUCGGGCAUCCCGCCCGUGCGCGUCCUCGUGCUCGACAACCGCGGCAUCGGCCGAAGUGAAGCGCCGACGGACAAGAGCCGCUACUCGAUCGAGACCAUGGCGGACGACGUCCUGCGCUGCAUGGACGCCGCGGGCUUCCCCACCGCGCACGUCGUGGGCCACUCCAUGGGCGCGCUCAUCGCCACCAAGCUCGCCGCCGCAGCCCCGAUGCGGCUGGACUCGCUGCUCCUCCUCGCGCCCACCACGUCCGUCUGGGGCUCCCUCCCGACCUUGAAGAUGGUGUAUCUUGCGCUGAAGCUCCAGUUCGCGAAAACGCCCGAGGACCGCGCGAAGCUGGACCUGCAGUGCCACUUCUCGCCGGCCUUCCUGGAGGAGGAGGUGUCGGUGGCGUGGCGCGGGACGGGGUGCCGCGCGGAGGAGAAGAAGGGCGGCCCCACGCGGCCGCGCAAGGAGGCGCUGCUGGAGCGGUACGUGCAGGAGCACAAGAUGUUCGGGAUGCAGCCGGACCACGGCAACGCCGGACAGGUCAACGCGGUCUUCGGGUUCAGCGUCACCAGGCAGGACCUGGGCAACAUCCGCAGCAGCCCGGCGCCGAAGAUGGUGGUCGUGGGGCGCGAGGACAUCAUCACGCGGCCGAGCUCGGGCCUGCGGCUGGCCACCUGGCUGGACUGCCCCGCGCUGAUCGUGUCGGGCGCGCACUUUAUGUCAGUAGAAAACAUGUUGGACGUCAACUACGCGCUGUUCGACCUGCUGCGGCGCGUGCACGAGCCGCACUGGGUGCGCGAGCUCGAGGCCGAGCAGCCCGACAUCAAGGAGGCCGCGCAGAAGGCGGCCAUGCGCGUGGCGUCGCAGAGCCAGCUGGCGGGGUCUGCGGCGGAGAAGCCGCUGUCGCCGCUGCCGUCGCCGAAGAGGGUGUUCUCGCCCAACACCAUGUGA